CGUACGCGACGUUGCCAUACAUUACGUAUACAUACAUACGACAGUAGAAAAAUUAAAUUUAACAAUGUCGAUAGCACUUGGAAUGUGCGAAACACCCGGGUGUAACGCCGUUGCGAGUUUGCAAUGUCCGACUUGCUUAAAAAUCGGCAUUCAGGGUUCAUAUUUCUGUAGCCAAAAUUGUUUCAAAGGUAGUUGGAAAAUGCAUAAAGUUAUUCAUCAAUUGGCAAAAGGAGAAAAUGGAAAUAAAAUGUCUGACACUUAUAAUCCUUGGCCUACUUACAAUUAUACUGGAAAAUUACGGCCAUACAAAAAAGAACAACGUAGAGAGGUUCCUGAGAGUAUCGUUCGACCAGAUUAUGCCUUACAUCCAGCUGGGAUACCACUCAGUGAGCAAGCUGUAAAAGGUUCUGGCCAAAUAAAAAUUCUUGAUGAUGAAGAAGUCGAAGGCAUGAGAGUUGCAUGCAAGCUUGGUCGAGAAGUCUUGGAUGAAGCUGCAAAGACAUGUGACGUUGGUGUUACAACGUCUGAAAUUGAUAGAGUGGUACAUGAAGCUUGUAUUGAAAGAGAUUGUUAUCCAUCGCCAUUAAAUUAUUAUCAGUUUCCUGCUAGCUGUUGUACUUCUGUCAAUGAAGUAAUUUGCCACGGUAUACCUGAUACCAGACCCUUGCAAGAUGGCAACAUUUGUAAUGUUGAUGUUACCGUAUAUCACAACGGUUUUCACGGAGAUUUGAAUGAGACCUUUUUGGUGGGUAAUGUAAAACCGGAAAUAAAAAAGUUAGUAGAAGUAACAUAUGAAUGCUUGUCUAAAGCUAUUGACAUUGUGAAACCUGGUGAAAAAUACAGAGAGAUUGGUAAUGUCAUACAAAAGCAUGCACAAGCGCAUGGCUUCAGUGUGGUUCGUAGCUAUUGUGGUCACGGAAUCCAUCGUUUAUUUCAUACCGCACCAAAUGUACCACAUUAUGCUAAAAAUAAGGCAGUAGGUGUUAUGAAACCUGGACACUGCUUCACAAUCGAGCCAAUGAUAUCUCAAGGCACAUGGAAGGACGAAACAUGGCCUGACAAUUGGACUGCUGUUACACUGGACGGCCAAUGGUCAGCGCAAUUUGAGCAUACGCUUCUAGUAACAGAGACCGGUUGUGAUAUUCUCACGAAACGGCUUGCAAAUGACGGUAGGCCAUGGUUUAUAGAUCACUUGUAGUAACGUUUUCUUCUUUAUUUUCUUAUAAUGUUUAAAACAAAAUUCGAACAAUCGAUAAGAAUCUAAUGUAAGUUGUCUUGUAUAUUUUACUAAGUACACUAACUUUCUGUUUUUGCAAAUGUAUAAUAAUAAA